AGAGAGCUUCUUCAUCUAUCUCUGCUUCCCCCUAAUCCAACCCCGGCCGCUAUAAAUAGGAGGGCAUGCAAUUGCGAAACUAGAACCCUCCUCCGCGGCGCAUAGUUCCAAUUUGUUGUUGCUUACCCCCUUUAAUCCCCCCCUUCUCUCUCCCUUUGUCGCCUCGCCCGCGCCCCGAUGGAGUCCUCGCCGCCGUCCUCGCCCACAGCAGCUGCAGCAGCGGCGGCGGAGGCAGUAGCAGCAAUGCAGGUGGACUCCCCGGCGGCGUCCGCGGCGCGAUCGAGGGACAACCGCCUCCUGUUCGACCUCCCAUCCUCCUGGGGGUACCGCAAGCCCAUGGCCUUCUGCCAGUCAGCGGCGGCGGCGGCGGCGGCCGCGGGUGGCGGCGAGCCGCAGUCGAAAAGCUCCCGAUCGCCGACGAAAGCCGCGGCGGCGGAGGAAUGCCCCCGCAAGCAGAGCUACCUGCUGCGGGACCGGAGGGCCGGUCGGGACUUCGCGGAGGAAGCGGGGGAGACCAGGAAGCUCUGGAACAAGGACGGCGGCGCCAGCAGGAGCGGCAGGUUCUCGCUGCAGCUCACCAAGCAGGAGAUCGAGGAGGACUUCCUCGUCAUGACCGGCCGGAAGCUGCCGCGCCGGGCCAAGAGGCGGCCCAAGAACGUCCAGCGCCUAAUCAAUACCCUUUGCCCUGGCGAGUCGCUGCCGGAGGUUAACCGUGAUCGCUACAAGGUGAACGAGAAAGGGGGAUUCUGAGAGUUGCUCUCCGGAGCAGGAGAUGAUGGAUUUCCAGGGAUUGAAGCGGACUUGCGGUCAAGCACAGGUUCAUCGGAGUUGUAGAUGGAGAGGAAUUAGGGCUUGAUCAUUUCUGUGUGUCCAUGCUUUUGCAAUUUAUCAUGUAUGUCAAGCCCUAAUCCUGUGUAAUCUUAGAGGCUUUUCUGAAUUUGUCAGGGCUUUGCUUCUUACCUGCCCUGAAGCAGGAUUCUGUUGUUCUGUCUAUCUAUCUUAGUUCUGAAGAGACUUGUAAAAGAAUCUCAGAUCUUAAUUUCAGCCGUGAGAAAUGCUAGUGCUC